GUUAUCAAGUACUUGGAUGUCCCGUCGUCGGCUGUUUGCUGUAACGCCUGCGACUGCACAGUUCACGAAUGAAAAUUGCCGAUCGGCUACCGAGCACACUCAGCUAGCAGCACAUUUCUUCCCCGAUCCGGCUUCGAGUGUGCUAAAAUGAGCAAAACGUACAAAGAAGACGAGAUCAGCAUCCGAGUGGACCGGUGCCUGUACGAUUCCGCUAUAAAAUUCGGUGGUGGCCUAAUAGUCGGUGGUGUAGCAUCCCUAUUAUUUUUCAAACGUAAGAAGUGGCCGCUGAUCAUGGGCUCUGGUUUUGGAUUGGGUCUAGCAUAUGAAAAUUGUGAAAAAGAUUUAAAGGAAUUUUUCACUAGCACAUAAAAUAUGUUAUUAGUGUAAGAAAUGUUCAAUAGCCUUAGACUCCAGAGUCAAAUGAUGUGUUGUUUAUACAAAUGGUUUUUCCUCUAUGUUCAUCUUACUAUUUUAAGUAGUAUUUUUGUUUUCAAUUUUAUUUUACAAUAUAUAUAAAGAAAAAGAUGUUUUGGUCCAAAAA